AGAGAAGAGCGCGUGCGCAUCCUACCGCGCAUGCGCUGUACACUACCCCGCCCAGAGCCGUAAUGUAAUAUUGUACCGAAUUACCGGACUUACAACUCUGAACAUUAUUCGUAUCGUUCGCGCAUUUUUUCGUUGACUUAGAACAAUUUUUUUUCGAGUGCGUGCUACACUAAACAAACUCACGCGCAGUGAUUAAUACAUAACGACAUUUCACCGGGCGAUCGAUCACAUACAACCGAUAUUUCGUUGGCGACAUCGUCGACCGAUAAUCGAACCGACGUCCCGACAUUUUUUUUUGUUUUCGUACACUAAUUUAUUUAUCCUCAUUAAGUGUGAUGGACGAGACCGGUCACAUUUUUAAAUAUAACUCAUUUAUGUGGUGACCGUGGGUGGAACUUUGUAAUAAGACUGUGAAUUAAAAGAUGGAGACUUUGGUGUUGAUUCCUCAAGACUUGAGCCUGGCUUUGAGGCCUGGUGGCGCGAGAGGUCGUGAGGCUUCCGUCAGCGUGUGGACCUCGGCUGAGCUUCCUCGAGGGUCCUUACUGUACCCGUUCCAGGGCACAAUAAGGAUUGAUAAGCUUCAUGUUUACUCAUACGUUCCGGACCAUGAUAUACGGCACAGAUUCGGUUUGUUCGAUGAAGUGUGUACUUCUGGUGGAGUCCAAGUCCGCCACUGUAAUUGGGUUCGAUUUCUGCGAGUGUCAGAUAACUAUGGACCACAAGUAAACCUAGUCUGCACAAAAGUCAAGGGUGAGCCGGUCUAUGAAGCGGUGAAGCCUGUGUCAGCACACACAGAGCUGGUGGUCUACUACCUUCCUGAGAGACCUGAGGAGAUGUUCUUCGUGAAGAUGAGGAACAACCUUUACAGACAAACUAUGGACUCGAUAUUGGAAGAUUCACCACUAGACCUAUCCACAUCACUUCUCUCCAGGGUGCUUCUUCCAAUAUCCCCUCCUUCUGGUGCAGAAGAUGAACACAAAUCCGUAUCAGGAGAUUCCCUCACGUCAUCAUCAGCCGGUUCAUCAAACGAACUCCUGGAUAUGACUCCUAAAAAAAGAAGACCAGCCAAGUCUGAAAGGGCGUUACUACCCUGUGAAGUUUGUGGGAAAGCCUUCGAUAGACCUUCGCUGUUGAAACGUCAUAUGAGAACACAUACUGGUGAAAAACCGCACGUAUGUAUGGUAUGCAACAAAGGCUUCAGUACGUCGAGCAGUUUAAACACCCACAGAAGAAUCCAUUCAGGGGAGAAACCUCAUCAAUGCCAGCAUUGUGGGAAGAGGUUCACAGCCAGCUCCAACCUGUACUACCAUCGAAUGACUCAUAUAAAGGAGAAACCACACAAGUGCAGUCUCUGUUCCAAGUCAUUCCCAACUCCUGGAGACCUCAAGUCCCACAUGUACGUGCACAGCGGCUCCUGGCCGUACAAGUGCCACAUAUGUUCCCGGGGGUUCUCUAAGCACACCAACUUGAAGAACCAUCUCUUCUUGCAUACUGCUAAGCAUCAAAGAAACAGUGCAAGAGACGCCACCUGAAUGGAUUCAAGACAGAUUCGUGCAUAAGUUACAUCUAUGCAGAUAUUCAAUUAUAAAUCAAGACUUAACAACGUCUUACAAAAUAUAAAAGUGUGAUAUUAGAUUAAUAAUUUAAUUAUAAGUGUUAUCUAUUUAAGUUAUAUUUAUGAUUUGCUUAUUUAGAAUUUAAAAUUAGGGAAAUAACAACUGAUAAUUCGGGGGCUUUUUUGAAAUGUAGUUUUUUUGUAAGUGUACAUUAUUUUUCGUUUUAUAAUUAUACGGUUUCAUGGACUUUUUGGGGGUGUAAAGUUUUUUUUUAAUUAUUUAUUUUUAGUAUCUUGGAGUGAAAAUAAGCGAAAUCAAUAUUCUGAUAUUAUUAUGUCCUUUAGUUUUA